AUGGAGGAGGCAGUCAACGUUCCGCUUCCAUCCAACGAAGGAAUCGCGACUACGGAGGAAUUCUCGAAACCGCAAUAUGCGACGUCUUUACACUCGUUUAUUUCUGAUAACCAAUCGGUUAAUUUGACAGAUUGGAGUCCAACUGUCGAAUCUCGACGCCCACCCGGCUACAGAUCCUAUGAGGAGCCGUAUGAUCGCAGUAAUGCGCCGUCUCGUCACUUUAACAAGGACGUUACCCUGCAAGACUUUCCACUUCCCGCAUUUCACAGUGUCAAUGGCCAUGAAGGCAGAAACACCCCACGGCCUGCUAGUCGAACAGAACCGGAAAACAUCACUGAUCACAAUGCAACCAGAUUUGAUACGCAUGAGCCAAUUGAAGAGCUGCGUCGAAAAAUAGCAGAUUAUGAAUUGCCGCUCCUGCAGCAGGUAAACGAGAACAACAAUGACCCAUCUUUCGAUCCGAUCAUCGAGGAAGAACAUGGCGAGCAGCAACUUUCUUACGAUCUGGUCGCACCACAUCAGAACGGCGAGGCACCGCUACAUUCUCUAGAGAAAAAAACAGAGUUAAUGUUUUCGCGGGCGCAUAUGUUGGCCAUACUGUCAAAUCCUCGACAUCUCUUUAAGUUUCGCGAGUUCCUUAACGCCGAACGACCGGGAUCGAUGCCAGUGUUAAUGUAUUAUCUGAGUGCAUGCAAAGCGCUCAAAGCAAUCGAAUAUGCCAACGCUGUUGCGCAGUUACUGAUGCCUUUGUCUGAAAUUGAGGCGUCCGAUGAACACAUCCCGAAUGCAAGAAACGUAAAGCUAGAACAACAGGCACAGAACGCACUACAUGCUCUAGUGAUUGAUGAAUUGCCGGCUUUCAUCACAUCCAUUUGCGUCUCAUUGGUUUCAAGAGUUGUUGAAGAAAAAAUCAAAGGCACUCUUCCACCGAAAUUCCAAGGCACAACCGAUGCGUUGGCCGAAGUGUUUUGUUUGACAGAUCCAUCCAAACCAGAUAAUCCGAUCAUUUUUGCAUCGGAAGAAUUUCAUCGCACAACUCAAUACGGAGUCGAUUAUGUCUUGGGACGCAAUUGUCGAUUCCUGCAAGGUCCAAAGACAAACAAACAUAGCACGCGUCGUAUUCGCGAGGCGAUCGAAGCUGGCCGACAGCAUUCGGAAGUAUUUCUCAACUAUCGUCGCGACGGGUCUCCAUUUAUGAACCUUCUCAUGUGCUCACCACUCUGUGAUAGUAAAGGGAAGGUUCGCUACUUCAUUGGGGCGCAGAUCGACGUUAGCGGUUUGAUCAUGGAUGAUGCUCGUAUGGACUCAAUGACGGAACUCAACACAUCUGGACAGUCGUUGCCCAAUGGGCAAUCCGAUCUAGAKGGSGAGCCGCAACAAAAAGGACACAUAAAUGGUCACAGGCACAACGGUUCUGUGAAUGGAAAUCUAUACAAUUCUUCAGAGACUCCUCGGAAACCUGGGGAAGCCAGAAACAAUCUUAUGGAGUUUGCAGAGCUACUCAGCCCCGGAGAGCUAUCAAUGCUACAAGAGCAUGGAGGCUCGCUAUUUGAGCCUGUGGUUCCUCGUCGGGACAGACCGUAUAUGGGCCACACGAAGCCUCGUAUUAUGUUGAGGGAAGGGAGACCCCCGUCUCGAGACAAGCUACAUACAAUAAACAAACAACCCAAUCUGCCCGGUGUUUAUCAUAAUUAUCUGCUCGUUCGACCAUACCCUUCGCUUCGUAUACUCUUCACGUCGCCGUCUCUCAGAAUUCCUGGCAUUCUACAAUCCUCUUUCUUUUCCAGAGUAGGCGGCUCACCUACAGUACGCGAUGAACUUCUUCGAGCAUUCAUCGAUGGACGAAGCGUAACGGCGCGAGUCCAAUGGCUUAAUCGAUUUGACUCUCUCGGACGUAGCAGAUGGGUACAUUGUACACCUCUGUUGGCACACACUGGCGGCGUGGGAGUUUGGAUGGUGGUUGUUGUCGACGACGAUGAGGCGGACUGGAGAGCACAGCCAAUUAUGGAGUGA